AUGCUGGCCGAAUUUGAUGAAACGUGUAAAAGGAUCGGUCUUCAGCUGAAUCUAGACAAGACGGUGUUUAUGAGGAACGGAUGGGUUUCUAAAGCCCCAUUCACGCUCAGCGCUGGGCAGAAGGACAGAGCGGAUUGGGGAGCAUUCAAGAGCAUCGAUUUAGUGAAGAGGACCAAGAACAUUCGGCUCCGUGCUCACCUGUUCAACGCCACCGUUCUUCCUGCUUUGACCUACGCUUCAGAAACGUGGACGUUUCGCAAGCAGGAAGAAAACGCAGUGAGCGUCAUAUAA